GAGAGAGAGCGAAAGAUAAAGAGAGAAAGAAAGAAAGAAAGAGAGAGAGAGAGCGAGAGAGAGAGAGCGAGAGAGAGCGAGAGAGAGAGGGAACAGGGAAACAUAGUGAGAGAGCCAGUCACCGACGUCACUUUUGGCCUCCUCCUCGGUGUGUUUGUGGUGUGUGGCUUGGUCCUGCUGACUCUUUGUGCCUUCGCCUCCUGGAAGCUGUGCUGGGUGCCUUAUUUGCGGAAUAAAGAGGCAGCGGCCCUCUCCUCCAACUCUGCAGCCCUCACUCCGGCCUGUGGUCCCCCAGACGACUGCCCUCCCUUCCACCUCCACCUCCACCCUCCCCACCCCAUCCACCACAACCAGCACAAGUUCCUCCCCAGCCCCAACCAGCAAAAGUCACCGGUUACCAUGGCAACGGAUAAGGUGAAAGACCCGAUGGGUUCCAUGGGAUUCCUAGAGGCUGCUGUGAAGAUAAGCCACACAUCGCCUGACAUCCCCGCCGAGGUGCAGCUCUCAAUGAGGGAGCACUUUUUGAGGCGCACGCAACGCAUGCAGCGGCAAGCCACUGAGCCCGCUUCUUCCACCAGACACAGCUCAUUCAAAAGGCACCUGCCCAGGCAGAUGCAGUCCAUCAGCCUGGACCUGGGCAAUGACUAUGCGGAUGAGGAUGAGCAGCCCACCAGCAUCGGACGCAUCAAACCAGAACUCUACAGACAGAAGACCUUGGAUACAGACGAGUCCGCCAAGAACAGCAAUGCCAAGAACUGUGGGAAGAUCAACUUCUCCCUGAAGUACGACUAUGACAAUGAGGCCCUCCUGGUCAACAUCCUCAAGGCCUUCGACCUGCCCGCCAAGGACCUGUGCGGCAGUUCUGACCCCUACGUCAAAAUCUAUCUUCUCCCAGAUCGCAAGAAGUUCCAGACGCGCGUCCACCGGAAGACGCUCAACCCCACGUUUGACGAGUCCUUCCAGUUCCCCGUGCCUUAUGAUGAGCUGGCUGUUAGGAAGCUCCACAUGAGUGUGUUUGACUUUGACAGGUUCUCCAGACAUGAUAUGAUCGGGGAGGUGGUGGUGGAUAACCUUGUUGAGACGUCAGACCUCUCCAGGGAGACAGACAUUUGGAGGGACAUUCAGUACGCCACAACUGAGAGUGUAGACUUGGGAGAGAUCAUGUUCUCACUAUGCUACCUGCCAACCGCAGGACGACUCACUCUCACCGUCAUCAAGUGCAGGAACCUCAAGGCCAUGGAUAUCACUGGAUACUCAGAUCCCUACGUCAAAGUGUCCCUCAUCUGUGACGGGAGGCGUUUGAAAAAGAAGAAGACGACCAUCAAGAAGAACACUCUGAACCCCACGUACAACGAGGCCAUCAUCUUCGACAUCCCCCCAGACAGCAUGGACCACGUCAGCCUGCACAUCUCAGUCAUGGACUAUGACUUGGUAGGUCACAAUGAGAUCAUUGGUGUGAACCGUGUGGGGUGCAGUGCUGAGGGGCUUGGCAAGGGCCACUGGAACGAGAUGCUGGCGUACCCACGCAAGCCCAUUGCACACUGGCACCCCCUACUGGAGGCCAAGAAAUCAGAGAAAGAGUGGAAAACGCGGACGGCCAGUUUAGACAGCCAGGGCUCUUGCCCCUCCCCCAGGCCUCCUUCUAGCCCCUGAGCAGAACCACCUGUGACCCUAGUGAAAUGGUCUCCUCUCUCUCCUACUAAUCCUACAUCCUGUCUGGUCUGUCUGCCUGCGCCUGAGGAGAAACAUAACCCCACUCAGUCUCUUUCUCAGUCUUCACUCUCCCUCAAGUGUAGCAGCAAAGUGAUCCCGUUCCCAAGAACUGAUCCUGGAUCAGCAUCGCUGUCAGUUGUUUGUGACGUAACAAUGCUUUUUUUGAAUCAACAUGAAGUGUUGAACUUAGGUUUACUGAUCUGAUGUCAAUCCCAGUACUUGGGGUGCUUUGGAUUAGUUUUAUCCUGAGCUUCUCAUCAAGUGAGUCCCCAAAGGGAGAGCUUGUUGUCUGAGUGGAACAACAGACUGCCGGUUCCAAGUGUAUCUAUCUAUGGGUUGAGUCCAAAUGAAUGUGAUCACAGUUCUCUCACAGGGACUUGGUCCAACACACUGAAGUUUCUGCUCAACACACACACACAGAGAGAGAGAGAGAGAGAGAGAGAGAGAGAGAGAGAGAGAGAGAGAGAGAGAGAGAGAGAAUAAGGGAAACAUAGUGAGAGAGCCAGUCAGUGGUCAUUACAAGCUGUCACUUUAUAUCGGAUCAGUUGGUCAAAAUAUGUUGCUUUCCUUAAGAUAGGAAAUGAAAGACUGGACUGACCUAAGGAAUAUCUAAAGCCGUCUGCCCUUACUAUCUAUCUACUAAUAUUGUGAGGAAGUAACAAAAACACUAAGGCACAAACAAAUGUGUAGUUAUUUUAAAAAAAAACAUUAAUUGUCAUAUUAACCAAGCCAAAGAAGGCAACAAAAAAAACAUAUUUCACAAUAGUACCUAUGUUGAAUAUUUUCUCAAUGUCAACCAUUACAUGUUCAGGAGUAAUGAGCAGAACUUAAAGGGAUGAUUUUGACCUGUCAAAUAGUGUUCAUCAAGUUUAUAGAGAGUCAUAAAGAAAAAAAGAUGUGUAACACAUCAUAUAAGCACAUUGCAACACCAUUGGUGCAUAGCCUGCUGAGAGAGUCUUUCUAUGGAACAAAAAAUGGUUAAAAAGCACACAGACUCCGAACCACCCUUACCUCUCCCUCCUGUUUCUUUCCUUGUUAGUCUUGGUGCUCUUGCCUCUUCCAUCGGAGAGUGUAUUCUCAUUACUCCUGCUCCCAUAGGUUUUCUCUCUCAGCCGAACGUAUUGCACAUCUUCAGCACCUUCUUAAUGUAUUAUGUUCCCUGGGGUUGGUUUGAACUGUACAGCACAGUCCUCUUUCUGCUAAUGGGGUUGGUUUGAACUGUACAGCACAGUCCUCUUUCUGUUCCCUGGGGUUGGUUUGAACUGUACUGCACAGUCCUCUUUCUGUUCCCUGGGGUUGGUUUGAACUGUACUGCACAGUCCUCUUUCUGUUCCCUGGGGUUGGUUUGAACUGUACAGCACAGUCCUCUUUCUGCUAAUGGGGUUGGUUUGAACUGUACAGCACAGUCCUCUUUCUGUUCCCUGGGGUUGGUUUGAACUGUACAGCACAGUCCUCUUUCUGUUCCCUGGGGUUGGUUUGAACUGUACAGCACAGUCCUCUUUCUGCUAAUGGGGUUGGUUUGAACUGUACAGCACAGUCCUCUUUCUGUUCCCUGGGGUUGGUUUGAACUGUACAGCACAGUCCUCUUUCUGUUCCCUGGGGUUGGUUUGAACUGUACAGCACAGUCCUCUUUCUGCUAAUGGGGUUGGUUUGAACUGUACAGCACAGUCCUCUUUCUGCUAAUGGGGUUGGUUUGAACUGUACAGCACAGUCCUCUUUCUGUUCCCUGGGGUUGGUUUGAACUGUACAGCACAGUCCUCUUUCUGCUAAUGGGGUUGGUUUGAACUGUACAGCACAGUCCUCUUUCUGCUAAUGGGGUUGGUUUGAACUGUACAGCACAGUCCUCUUUCUGCUAAUGGGGUUGGUUUGAACUGUACAGCACAGUCCUCUUUCUGCUAAUGGGGUUGGUUUGAACUGUACAGCACAGUCCUCUUUCUGCUAAUGGGGUUGGUUUGAACUGUACAGCACAGUCCUCUUUCUGCUAAUGGGGUUGGUUUGAACUGUACAGCACAGUCCUCUUUCUGCUAAUGGGGUUGGUUUGAACUGUACAGCACAGUCCUCUUUCUGCUAAUGGGGUUGGUUUGAACUGUACAGCACAGUCCUCUUUCUGCUAAUGGGGUUGGUUUGAACUGUACUGCACAGUCCUCUUUCUGUUCCCUGGGGUUGGUUUGAACUGUACAGCACAGUCCUCUUUCUGCUAAUGGGGUUGGUUUGAACUGUACAGCACAGUCCUCUUUCUGUUCCCUGGGGUUGGUUUGAACUGUACAGCACAGUCCUCUUUCUGCUAAUGGGGUUGGUUUGAACUGUACUGCACAGUCCUCUUUCUGUUCCCUGGGGUUGGUUUGAACUGUACAGCACAGUCCUCUUUCUGCUAAUGGGGUUGGUUUGAACUGUACAGCACAGUCCUCUUUCUGCUAAUGGGGUUGGUUUGAACUGUACAGCACAGUCCUCUUUCUGCUAAUGUAAAGUUUGUAUUUCCCACCAGAAUACAAAGUAGAUAGAUAUACAUUGGCUUGUGAAAGUAUUCACCCCCCUUGGCAUUUUUCCUAUUUUGUUGCCUUACAACCUGGAAUUAAAAUGGAUUUUUGGGCGGUUUGUGUCGUUUGAU